AUGGGCGAUGUUUGGAUAUCGGGUCAGAGCCAUAAAACGAACUUUGGCUUAGUUUUUCUUUUCAAUUUCUAUUUCUUUUUUGAUUUAUCCGAAUCUAAGUUGUUUGCUCUAUCCAUCCCUCUCUUACGGACCUUUUUUGACACAAACGGCUUUUUUUCAAUACCUCCCCUCGGUUUCGUUUAGUUAACCGUUCUUGUCCAGACCUAUUUUUCUAGUUAGUUUACAUGGAUUGGACCGAGAUGAGACCUCGAAACAAAAUUCUCGGUUAUCGAGGCAAUAUUUUCGAGUUCUCUUUUUUCCUAUGAUUUCUCCCAGUC